AUGGAAAAGUUGAUACUUCUGGAUGAGCUUGGGAAAUGCUAUAACUACGCUGGAGAGUAUGAAAAGGCGAUCGCAAGCCUCGAUAUGGGGAUCGACGCUGCGGAAAGCAAAAUUGCAAAGGAUGGUCCGCUUCUCAUUGGUAUCAAGAAUAACCUCGCAUAUGCAUAUGAGCAAAAAGGUGAACACAAGAAAUCUAUCACUCUCUUGGAAGAGACCUUGCCUAUCCAGCAGCGCAAAAUCUUGGGCAAAACACAUUUCGACACCCUCAAGAUUCAAGUAUACCUCAUCGAGCAAUACUGCAAGAUCAAAGAGUUUACGAAGGCCAUUGCACUUUUGGAGGAGCUUGUUCCUAUCCAGAGAAAGGUUCUUGGGCAGAUUCAUAAGAAGACUACGUCUUCCGAGAAUUAUCUUGCAGAACUGUAUCUUGAGAAUAGAAAUGUGUAUACAGCCUUGAAGUUAUAUGAGCAUAUAAUUUCUAUGCGAUAG